CUCUCUCUCUGUUCUGGAAUCUCCACACACAAACACACACACAGUCUCUCUUUCCUUCUGUGCUGGAGUCUCUCCACACGCACAGAUAAUACUGGAGUCUCCCCAUACAUACAUACGCACACACACUCUGUUUCUUUACUGGAGUGAAAAGCAGGAGAGCAUAACGCCUCCAGGACUGUCAGCUGAGGUUAGUGUUUGGGUCGAGUGAGUGUUGGACUGGACUCGGGUGACUGGUUGUUAGAGUUGGAGGUCGGUCGUGCUGAGUGAGGGGCCGUGUAAAAGAGGAUUGUAAAGCCAGCCCACCGUGGUCGGUGUGGGCAGCCAUGGGUCUGCUGGCCUAUCUGAAGAGCCAGUUUGUGCUGCAGCUGCUCAUUGGCUUUGUGUUCGUGGUCAGCGGACUCAUCAUCAACUUCAUCCAGCUCUGCACCUGUGUACUCUGGCCCAUCAACAAGCAGCUCUACCGACGGAUCAACUGCAGGCUCGCCUACUCGCUAUGGAGCCAGCUGGUAAUGCUGCUGGAAUGGUGGUCCGGUACCGAGUGCAUGCUCUACACCGACCAGAAAACCGUGGACAUGUUUGGCAAAGAACACGUCAUCAUCAUCCUCAAUCACAAUUUUGAGAUCGACUUCCUCUGUGGCUGGACCAUGUGUGAACGCUACGGCGUGCUGGGGAGCUCCAAGGUGCUGGCCAAACACGAGCUGCUGAAGGUACCUUUAAUUGGGUGGACCUGGUACUUCCUGGAGAUAGUCUUUUGUAAGAGGAAGUGGGAGGAGGAUCGGGACACAGUCUUUAAAGGCCUGGAUAGUCUCAAGGAUUACCCAGAAUUCAUGUGGUUCCUCCUGUACUGUGAAGGUACACGUUUCACUGAGAAAAAGCACCAGCUCAGCAUGCAGGUGGCCGAGAGCAAAGGCCUCCCCAAACUCAAGUACCACCUGCUGCCCCGCACCAAGGGCUUCACCACCACACUGGCGUGUCUGAAAGGGACAGUGUCAGCCGUUUAUGACGUGACACUGAACUUCAAAGACAAGAAGGUCCCCACUCUACUGGGCAUCAUCAACGGCACCAAAUACAUGGCAGACAUGAAUAUCAGGCGGUAUCCAGUAGAUGAAAUCCCUGAUGAUGAGAAGGAGUGUGCCGUAUGGCUGCAUAAGCUCUACCAGGAAAAGGAUGCAUUGCAGGAGCACUAUGCAAAGGAAGGCUCGUUUCCGGGUCCCACCAUCCGGCCGCCUCGUCGCCUCUGGUCGCUGCUCAACUUCCUGUUCUGGGCGUUUGUGCUGCUGUCGCCGCUCAUCCACCUGGCCUGGGGCGUCUUCAUCAGCGGCUCACCCCUCCACAUCCUCGGAUUUAUGCUCUUUCUCAUCAUCGCCUCUGUCGCUGUGCGGCGGCUUAUCGGGGUGACGGAAGUGAAGAAAACGGGCUCUAGCUACGGCGAUCCGGGGGCCAAGAAGCAGAAUUAAACUUUUUCUUUCUUUCUCUCUUCCUCUCUGUCUCUCGCUCUCUCUCUCUCCUCUCCCUGAGUGCAGUGCAGCUUGUGUGCUCUUGUGCUCAGAGCUUAUUUUCUACCACAACCCACAAACAAACAAACAGACAAACCAACUGGGAAUAUUGUAGUUUCAGGGGUUGAGAUUUAUCUUGUAAACACUAAGAGCAGGUGAUGGAACCCCGGCUGUGAUGAGAUGCAUAAACAACUCACUGAGAGGACUGCAUGGACACACACACACACACACAACAGUAUACAUAUGCACACAUCCCACCCCGACACCCCCCCCCCCCCCAUGUGCACACAACCACACACACACCACCUCACACAACUAUGCACACUUAACAUACAUCUGUGUUCACCUUCACGUAGACAAACACACCCAGACACACUUACAUUGUCUUCUCUCUCACACUCAAACCCCCUCCCUCUCACAUGUUCACCUGCACAGAACCCCCCCUCACACACACACUCCUGUGUUCACACUCCUACACAUACUUUAUGACUGCACACACACACAUAUAGCAGAGAUGACUCACCCCUCUCUCUCACACAAACACACACACAGCAGAGAUGACCUCUCUCUUUCAGACACACACACACACACACACACACACACACACACAGACAUAGCAGAGAUGAGCUGAGAUAGCUCUCGCUCUUCACACACACAAACAUAAGGAAUUGGUUAAUAUACCCCCCCCCCCCCCCCAACACACACACACACUCUCAACACUCAAACACACAGAGCAGCCCAGAGCAGCCCACUCUCUCUCCCUCACACACACACACACACACUGAUUAGAUGCUGUUGCUCUGGUUCCGUCCUGGUUCUCAUAAUGGCUUGACCGUUGUCACUGUAGCAACUACCAGGAUAAGAUUAUUGUUGCUGUAGCAUCCUUCUCAACGUGCAUGCACACACGCGCACACACACACACACACACACACACACACACACACACACACACACACACACACAUAUACACACAUACACACA